AUGAAGGAGGAGAUGAUAACCAAAGACGAAUCGAUCAGAGAGAGAGCUGCAAUCCGAUGCGCCCGAGCUUCGAUGCUUCUCUAUUCACUGGCUUCAUCCCCCGAUCAGAACGCCGGCGAGAAGGAAGGAGAGACGCGAAGAGAGAUUGAGGAUCUGAAGAGAGAACUUGCGAUGGAGAAGAAAAGGAGGAAUCGGAUUAAGCUUUGCAGCUUUAUGGAGUUGCUUCUUCUCGUCGUUUUGGUUCUCUUGCUUUCCACUUUCUUCCUCGUCUUCUUUCUCGUAUCUCGUUAA